AUGGGCUUAGGCGAGGCCACCGGUCAAGCAACCGUCAAGAGCUCGUAUCCAACGACCGCGCUCAACUUUGAUGUUGAGCGCUCUCUCAACAUCCGGACCGCUCUCUGGCGACUUGGUCCGCGCCAUGAGGACAAAACCGACGUCACGCGCUCGCAGCACGACCAUAGAAGGCGCUGGUCGUCGGGUGCAUGGCCGACCCUUCACGCAUGGCCCAAGGAUACGUGGACAAGGCGCAAGGGCCUGAGGCAUGUGGGCGGGAUUGCUGUAUCGUCCAUCCUUGACGAUGCACGUCGAAGGCCGAAGCGAGGCAGCCAGCGACUUCUUUGUCCGUGUCGCGGCUGGCCAUCCGUGUCCUCUGUCCACGCAGGUUGGCGAGAUCUCCGGCGCUACGGAGAUCGCAGGCAUUUCCUGCAGCUGGGAGAGGAGCCGAAGGCUGAGUCCGAAGCAGUCUCUGUGGGAGCGCUCGCCGUCGAGGAUCUGGCACGACGUGUUAUCGCUGCCCAGACGUGA